AUGUCUAUUGGGGUGGUGCGGUUGACGGAGGCAGGCAAUGUUGACACCGACUACGGCUCGUGGGGUAUCAUGGCAGAAGAAGGGGAGGCAGCCUCUUCUGCUACGAUGUACGGGAUCGGCUCUUGCUCAAAGGCUAUCCUUGCGAGUGCUGUUGGGAUCCUCAUGGAUGAUUUUGCACAAGGGCACAACGUGGUUCCACUUCCUCCGAACUUGGCUGAGUUCACUUGGGAUACAAGAAUCAAGGAUCUCUUUCCAGGCGGCUCCGAGUGGCGACUUCCAGAUUCAUGGAUGUAUAUGGUUGGUUCUCAUAUAAUCGCGACAUAUUCUGGGAUGCCUUAUACCUCCUUCGUCAAGAAGCGUAUUUUCGAUCCGCUUGGGUUGAAUACGACUACGUUCUUUGCAGACGAAGCUCAGCUCACGGGUCACCUAAGCCAGUCUUGGUCCAUUAGCGCAUCAGGCGCAAGGAGACGCGUUCCAUUCUGGUUCAAAGCCGAGAGCGUGGAGGCAAUGGCGAGACCGGGUGGAGUGAUAAGUACCGCAAAGGAUAUGACCAAAUGGCUCGCUACGGUACUCAAGUGGGGAGUAGACCCAUAUACGAAUAGGAGUAUUUUUCCGCCUUCUGUCUAUGAGGAAACAAGUACCGCGCAAUCUCUUAUAUCGGGGAAAGGCUCUGAUCCUAACAUAUCUAUUCAAGGCUAUGGCUUGGUCUGGGAACGCUUCUCACUUCGAGAACAUGAGGUCCUGCUUUAUAAUGGACCGAUGCCGGGUUUCUUGACAUUCAUCGUAUUGGUCCCAUCGGCAAAAGUUGGCGUGGUUGGGUUAACAAAUGUUGAUGGAGAUCAAGACGUUUAUCGCAAUAUCCCGUUGCGCAUCCUCGAAAAUGUCCUGAGGCUCUCCUACAGAUUGCCAAGCUUGAAGGUUCUAUCGGGGCUUAUGUCAUCACCUCUCCCGUAUAGUACCCAGGCACCAGGAACUGCUUCCAGUCCCGUUUCGUCCCCCACCGACAUUGACAUUUUCGUGGGGAUGUACACGAAUCCGGGAUAUGGCUCGCUAGACUUGUGUUCUCCGAGGAGCAAAACAAGAUAUUGUCUUCCAGUUCUCGCCAGUUUCUCCCGCUGUGGAGAAUUAGAUGCCAAGGAUCGUACAUUAUAUGCCGCAUGGCCCCGCGUGUGGACAUCGCAUAUGAGCAUGAGGCACCGCGGAAACGGCAUUUUCACCGUAUCGUUUCAUACUCUUUUUCCGAACGGGCUUGGCUGGGACACAACGCCAUUCGUACACAGGGCUUUGCUAGGGUUGAACGGAGGUUAUCUGGCCGAAAGCUCAAUUUAUAACGGACAGGUUAACGGAUUUGGGCUGAUGGACGUGAUAUCUUACCCAGAAGGGCCUCGUACCACGCGCGGGAGCAUUAGCAAGAGGGCCGAUGUUUGGUUCAAGAAAGUCUUACCCCCUUGGUACGCUCACGUUGCCGGCUCAGAUCUCAGCUGA